ACCAUUUCCCUCGCCCACCGGUUCUGAUUCCAUCUACCUCUGCAGACGUUACAAGCUCUCAUGAUUCCCAGGCCUCUCUCGAGGUCAAGAGGCAGCGUAAACAGCGAUCGAACACUAGGGACCGCCGUCAAACACCUUCUCGACCCUCCCAACGAGCCGAGUCCCCGCGGUCUCUGCUCUCAUCGCCAACUGUUCGACGGAAGCCCUCUUGAGAGCCCUUCCCCGUGGAACCGCCUGCUCUUCCGGCACUCGAGGAACAAUCUUAACAGAGAACCUCUGAGUUUGUUCCUGGAGGCUCGGAGGUCUGGGCAGCCCCUCGACGAUUCCUCGCUCUCGUGCGUUCUCAAGGCUUGCGGAUGUUUAUGGGAUCGAAACCUUGGCAGGCAACUGCAUGGCCUCUGUGUGAAAUGUGGGCACGGAUCGGGGGUCGGCGUUGGCACCUCGCUGCUUGAUAUGUACCUCAAGUGUGAUGGCGUGGAUGAUGGAGUGAGAGUGUUCGAUUCAAUGCCUGAGAGAAAUGUGGUGAGUUGGACCUCUUUGCUCACCGGGUAUUCUCAAAAGGGACUCCAUGAUGAUGCAUUUGAGUUCUUUUCCCGGAUGCGAUCCGAGGGAAUUAAGCCAAAUCCUUUCACUUUUGCCACUGUUCUUGCAUCGGCCGCGGCUCAGGGAGUACUUGAGAACGGAAGGCAAAUGCACGGCCAAUUGAUCAAAUUUGGAUACCAGGGUACAGUGUUUGUGUGCAAUCCUCUGAUCAACAUGUACUCCAGGUGUGGUCUAGUCGAAGAGGCUCGAGCGGUCUUCAACCGCAUGGUGAACCGGGAUGCUGUUUCUUGUAAUGCGAUGGUUGCAGGCCUUGUGUUGAAUGGGUACGAGUCUGAAGCAGUGCAAGAGUUUCGUCACAUGAGAGCUGCCGGCCUGAAACCGACACAGUCGAGCUUCGCUACCAUGAUCAAGUUGUGCGCUAAUCUUAAACAGCUCGCGUUUGCUCGACAGCUCCAUUGCUGUGUAGUGAAAGAAAGGUUCGACCUGGAUGCCAAUGUAAUUACAACACUGAUGGUGGUUUACAGUAAAUGCAGCGAAAUGGAUGACGCAUUUGAACUUUUUUCCAUGCUGGGAGCUCGAUCCGUGGUCUCAUGGACUGCUAUGAUCAAUGGGUAUAUACAGAAUGGACAUGUCAGUCGAGCUGCACUUCUCUUUAGUCAGAUGAGGUUAGAUGCUGUUGAGCCGAAUGAUUUCACCUACUCUAUUCUAUUGACGGCUUCGCCUCAGAUAUCUCCCUUCCAAAUCCAUGCCCAGGUCAUCAAAACCAAAUUCCAGCAAGUCCCUUCUGUAGGCACUGCUCUGCUCGCAGCAUAUACUAAGCUAGGAAACACUUGCGAAGCCUUCUGUGUCUUCAGGGGGAUUAAAGAAAAGGACAUUGUGGCAUGGUCUGCAAUGCUAGCAUGCUAUGCCCAAGCAGGUGAUUCUGAAGGGGCAGUGAAGCUGUUCACAGAGAUGGCUAGGAAGAGUAUCGGAGCAAAUGAGUUCACCCUCUCCAGUGCGAUUGAUGCAUGUGCAAGUCCAACAGCUUCAGCAGAUCAGGGGAAGCAGUUUCAUGCCAUUUCUAUCAAGCUUAAAUAUGAAAACACAUUGUGCGUGAGCACAGCUCUCGUCACUAUGUACGCAAGGAGGGGGAGCAUAGAGAGUGCUCAGGGAGUCUUUGACAGGCAGUCAGUGAGGGAUCAGGUUUCCUGGAAUUCUAUGUUGAUGGGUUAUGCUCAGCAUGGCUAUUCUAAGAAGGCCCUUGAAUUAUUUAGAGGCAUAGAAUCUAGAGGCAUUGAAAUGGAUGGAAUCACCUUUAUUGGUGUUAUCAUAGCAUGUACACACACAGGGCUCGUAGAAGAAGGCAAGAAGCACUUUGAGUCAAUGGUACAUAAUCACCAUAUCAGUCCAACUGUGGAACAUUAUGCCUGCAUGGUUGAUCUUUAUAGUCGUGCUGGUAAACUCGAAGAAGCAAUGAGUCUGAUCAAGGAGAUGCCUUUUCCAGCAUCUGCAACUGUGUGGCGUACUCUGUUGGGUGCCUGUAGGCUUCAUCGGAAUGUGGAACUCGGAGAGCUCGCUGCAGAGAAGUUAAUGUCACUUGAACCUUCACAUUCUGCUGCAUAUGUGCUCUUAUCUAAUAUGUAUGCAGCUGCUGGGAGAUGGGCAGAGAGGGCCAAGAUAAGGAAGCUGAUGGAUGCCAGAAAAGUAAAGAAAGAAGCUGGAUGCAGCUGGAUUCAAAUUAAGAACAAAGUGCAUUCGUUCUUAGCUUCUGAUAGAACUCAUCCUAUGUCAGAUAAGAUAUAUACAAAGCUUAAAGACAUUACAAUUCGAUUGAAGGAGAAAGGGUAUCAACCAAAUACAGAUUAUGUGCUUCAUGAUAUGGAAGAGGCGCAUAAGGAGGUCAUGCUAGCUCAGCACAGUGAGAGACUGGCCAUUUCUUUUGGGCUGAUAGCUACGCUUCCUGGGACACCCCUCCAAAUUGUAAAGAACCUUAGAGUGUGUGGGGAUUGCCACACCGUGAUUAAGCUAAUAUCAGAAAUAGAGCAGAGGGAGAUUGUUAUCAGGGACUCAAGCCGAUUCCACCACUUUAAUAGAGGCUCUUGCUCUUGUGGUGAUUAUUGGUGACUGGACUUCAGUAUCUUCCAAAUUCUAUGUUAUGGUUACUUGGAGGAGGCACAGAAUGCAAAUUGUAGGGCCAACCAAUUCAUAUUUGAAGAGCUUACAUCUUUGGGAUUACCUUGCUAACUGAACUACAAUCAUACAGCCAAUUGAAUUCUUUGUCAGAUUAUCUCAACUACAAACAUAGUAUUAAAUACAUGGUAGCCGAAGAUGUGGUGACUAGCCAUAAAAAUUGGUACUUUUGUUGGGUUUGAACAUAAGAGCCACAGAGACACAAAAUAUGAAUAGGUGGACAUUUACACAAGAAUCAUAACUGAGAUGGCAAAAAUUGCUAUGUUGAAACCUUGUUUUUGCAAAACAGUUCACUGGUAGAAGUAAUUCAUAGGAAUUGCUUACACAAAGGAACUUUAUCGAUGAUUGAGCUAUGCUCUCCAGAAAUCGAGUGGAAAGUUCCUGCAUUAAAUCAGUAAUUUUAUGUUCAUUUACAUAAAGUAACUGAGUGGAGAGUUACCAUAAUGAACAAUGCUCCUCCAGCAGGCAUGGUGGCACCCAUUUGGUCCUAGACAUGCUGGUGCUCAAUAGACCUCAUUGGUCUAUAUGCAUUCUUCUCAGAGUUCUGUACCUCAAUAGUCUGCAACGUCACUUGUUCAUCUCCAUGAAAACUUCCAGACUUCUUAUGAGGGUUUUGCUCAGUUUUAUUGAUCUCUCAGGUUGCUGGUUAUUUGAGGAAUACAAUUCAGCAUGAAGGAACUUUUCUCAUUAUUUAGAAUUUUGCAUAAAUAAGGCUAUUCACUCUUUGUACUGUCUAAAGGCUGCUUGGGCGUUCUCAAUUUCAUGGUAGUUAGUACUUGCCAUCUUAGUGUGUGGCUCAACACCAGACAGAUCUUCACCAUCAGGAGUCUUUAAGUCUUUAUGGUCCUUAUUUCAGUUGAAGUUACAUAGCCAAUCCUGGGCAUCUGACAGACUCAUCAGCAGCAACCUCAAACGAGCUCUAGCAAGGGCCUGGAGGUACCUGUACCUGCUGUCAACUGGAAUUCUGUGACCGGAAUUUUGGAUGAUGGUUAAGUGAAUUUUUGUUGGCAGGAGAGUGCAGAUGUAGAAAGCUUUGCACGUGUCAGAAGAUAAACCUUCUUAGCUAUCUUCUUUCCUGCACUAUGCAUAUCCUUGUACAGGCUUCAGAUAUCCCCUGUUUUGCUGGUGCUGAAGAGGAAGGAAAAGCAUAACUUGACGAUAGCAUACAAU